GGCAGGAGGAAAGCUCUCCAUUGCAAAAUUGGAUUUCCAAGAGGCAGACAAUCAGUGAAGCGACUUGUCACAUCAAAUCAAGAAAGAAAAUGAGUUGCUCGGCCCAGAGAGACGACGUGAAUGUGAGAGAAGAAGAAGAGUGAAGGGCACGGGUAGAACAAAAAAAGAUCUCAUCGCCCACAAUUUCUGAAAUAAUAUUUCUCUCCGAUGCCGUGUGGCCAUGAUGAUGAUGAGCCUGAGGAUUCUCCACAACAAGCCCGACUGUCUCUUGCUUGACGUGAGACUACAUUGUUGCUGCUUAUAACCUCGCAUCCAUUAACGUGCUCCCCGUUAAAGGCUCCGCAGAGCUGAAGGAGAAAGCAACCCUUUGGAACCAGCUCGCCCGCCGCACUCCGCUCGUUCCUCAUUUCGCUCUCUCUCGCUCCCUCUCCAUGCACGCUCAAAUUGCACUUUUCGCAACAACUUCAAUAAUAGCGAGCGUCCGUCUCGGCUUGGGCUGGAGGCAGGGGAAUUGCAAUUUGCAAUUUAUCCAUACAUAAAUUGAAUAAGUAAUAGAAUUCAAAUGGGGAAAACGACUCGGUCUUCAUCGUAUAGAACUAUUUACCGACUUGCUUAAGAGUGUGGUAGUAAUUUAGUUGCUGGAGAAAAAUGUCUGGAGAAAGAUCAGCCACAAAAUGAAAUCCCAUUUUGUCAACAUUUCGUUUUAAAUUAUCUCAGAGACAACUAGUUGUGACUAAAAAGCUGGUGUGCAUACACAUGUAAUUUGCAUAAGAAUAAGGCGUAAGAAUGGAUCUCACACAUACAAGUUCUACGGAACAGCCUUUUUUUAACUCCCCGGAGGACGGAGAACCGCAAUCCAUUACAACAAGGCUUUUCCACUUGGCAAUGACCGUGGAUCGGUUCUACACACCGUUCUUGUUUCUCUUUGGAUUGAUCGGCAACUGUCUCACCAUCAUUGUUUUCUCGUCAAAGUCUCAAAAUGCUCGUGGGAGUUUGUCCUCGUCUGUGUAUCUCUCCGCCUUGGCGAUAAGCGACAGUGGAUAUCUCAUCAAUCUUUUAAUUAUGUGGUUAGACAAUGUGGGAUGGUAUGGUUUAUUGACCAACUCCUUCAUGUGCAAAACCGUGAUGUAUACUGCAACUGUAACUGGAUUUUUGUCUGUACAGUUUGUUGUUUGCUUUACACUUGAAAGAUUCGUGGUUGUGUGUUACCCCCUAUUUAAACCAUCUCAGUGUACUGCUUCCCGUGCCAAAAAAAUUGUCUUGGGACUCAGUCUUACGGCAACAUUGGCAUUUUCCUAUAUUUUAGUUAUUGCUGAUGUUCAAACCUUCAGAUUGUACCCUGAACAGCAUCAAGAAAAUUCAGAAUCAUUGCCAAGCGAUAAGAAGGCUCAUGAAUCAAUGUUCGAUCUCUCAACCUCCGCCAAUACAUUCUCACCGGGAAAUGAAAUGCUAUCCAAUUACUUACAGGUGAAUCGCUCUUUAAAUGUCCCGGAGAGUUUUCAAAGCGAAAUGAAAUACGGCGAAAUUGAAGAUGCUACGGGCAGCAACAAACAAACUUGGGCUAACAACGUAGAUGAAAGUACUAAGCUUGUUGAUGAGCAAGAAUUAGUCUACAUGUGUUCAGUUCCGGAAAAAUAUCACAAGCUAUCACGGGUCAAUAGUUAUGUUGACAGUAUCCUCACGUUUAUUUUACCAUUCUUGCUCAUCGCAAUCCUCAAUCUGAAAAUCAUAUUUUGCGUGAAACGUGUAAAAGGCCACAGAGAAAGCAUGCUGGCCAACACUAAGAUUCACUAUCGUCAAUCUCACAAGCCACAGCCCAUCUCCGGACCAGAAGGAAAAGCAAAAUUGAAGGACUUUUUUACCACGUUCCACUACAUCAAGAAAUCAGCAGGGGGUCGCAACCAAGGUAGAAAAAAGUCGAGACGAGCCAGAGAGGCUGCGGACUGUCAGAAUAUGGGAUCCACAAGCUCGUUUGCCUCAUGUUCCAACAGCAACUGUCCGAACAGUCAGAAGAGGCUAAGAGAUCUCGAGCGGAAUGGGUCGAAAAGCUUAUUGAAACAUAAUGCAAUCAGCAUUGAGAUGGAGGACAGUCAAAGCAGUCCUGGUGAAGUGACUCCUCCUUUCAAGCCCAUCGUGACUCCGAUGACCCCGACGGCUACGGAAAUCAGAGUAACGAAAACUUUACUCUUGGUCUCAAGUGUAUUUCUUCUUCUUCACUUCCCCUCACAUUGUAUUCGUGUCGCUGCUUUUAUUGAGUCCAUUGGAUCUGGGUCUAAGGAAACAUUACAACGACUAAACGUUGCACAACACUGGGCAAACAUUCUGUUUAAUACCAAUUUUGCCAUCAACUUUCUCCUGUAUUGCUGCAGCGGAAAAGCAUUUCGUCGUUCCAUCAAGAAUCUUUUUUCAAAGGACUUUUUCUUCCGAAAAGCUUGUAGCCGAAGUCCAGGGAAUAAUGCCAGCACGACGAUGCUCACCACACAACUCACCCUCCAAACUGACUCUGCUUCCUGCAAAUACAACACUCGCAUUCGUCGAAACCUUAGCGAAGCCGAGGAAGAAGAUCGGUUGUGAGCAAUUUUAUGAUUUUUCGUCGCAGUCUUACAUUUCCUCGAGGUGUGAGACAUCACCAAAUUGCUCCUACUGCACGGCACGUUUUUAGAACUAUUUAACGUCAUUUCAAAUCACUCAAAUCUGCCAGUUUAUAGAGUUCUUCAUUCCGUAUAAAGAAUCAAAACAAACACAUUUAUGUAAUUAUGUAACAUAAAUACAGAUGUAAUGUUUUUAGGAUGAAUGUAAUGUUGGAAUGACAAUGAAUUUGAGUGCUUGAUUAUGUAACAAAAAAUCAUUAUAAAUAAAUUCCGACGAAUCUCAAUACAAA